AUCUCCGCCCCGGCUGCUGGAGGAAACUGAACUGCGGACAUCGACCAGUCAGUCGCACAUCGACCGUGAAUUGAUUUGGUUCCGCAAGAUAGGUGGUUCCGUCGUUGUCUUGGCCACUAUUUUCCGCACCAUUUGCGCACUUUCGGAAAGUGUUCGAAGAUCGGGGAAAUUAUGCUCAAGUGCGGGUGAUAACUAUAACUAUUAUUGAGUGUUGUGUUGUUGGUUGAAGUGGUGUCUGUUGCUGUGCAGCUGGAGUGGGACGAGUCCCGUGGUGCAAAUCCCGGCCAGUGAAAAAGUCUUUCACAUCGGUUGUGUUGACAUUGUCUAGACAUUUAUCAAGCGGAAGUGAAGAUUAAACUUCCGGCGGCACAAUGCAGCCCCUGCAGUAUUGCCCGACCAAUGUGUCAAUGGCCGUAGUUUGGUUCAACCAUGGAAUCUCGCAAUGCUUCCUGGAUACGGUGUCGAUGGCCACCAUCGGUGGCUUUCUGCUGCUCUUCGGUACCAUCCAACUGAUCAUGUAUCGACGCCAUGGGACGGAAAUAAGUCCGACGCAAAUCCUACCAUCCAAAAUGUACGCCUUUCAGCUGUUCCUGUUGGUGCUGCUCCCGAUAUUGGCCGUCAUUCGAUUCAUCCUGGAGGGGUUUGUCUUCGAUGGAGCUCAAGUGUACGGGUUUAUGAUCGUGUCGAUAUGCGUCACGCUCUUCAUGUACCCUUAUUCAAUUCUCCUGCUCGUCAAGGAACGCUAUUACCUGUUGCCAUCCAUUCCGACCCGAGGACACGGUUUGGUUCUUUUGAUCUUUUGGACCCUCUUGUUCAUUGCGCAGAAUGUCUCCUUUGUCAAUCUUAACUACGAGAAAGCUUGGUUCCACCUGAACACCGACAAAGACAAAGUCGAAUUUUUGCUGUUCGUUCUACGCUACACGGCUACCCUUUUCGUGUUCGUAAUUGGCCUUAAAGCUCCCGCGAUCACCUCGGCGCAAUCCAUCGAAGAUUACCAGAAUCUCACGCAGGAUAAUGAAAACCGAUCAACGUUCCGGAACGGAUUGCACAAAAUGCGCACCCUUAUGCCCUUCCUGUGGCCCAAAAAGGAUGUCCUCUUGCAGUUCCGAGUGAUCCUGUGCUUUGCGCUGCUCCUAGGCGGACGCGUUAUCAACCUGUACGUACCGAUUUACAACAAGAAAAUCGUGGACAGCCUGUCCGUUCAGCCGCUGGUGUUCCGCUGGGACUGGGUGCUGGUCUACGUGGCGUUCAAGUUCCUCCAGGGCGGCGGUACCGGAUCCAUGGGUGUGUUGAACAACCUGCGUAGCUUCCUCUGGAUCCGCAUCCAGCAGUACACGACCCGUGAGAUCGAGGUGGAACUGUUCCGGCAUCUGCACAGCUUGUCACUGCGCUGGCAUCUGAACAGGAAAACGGGCGAGGUGCUACGGGUGAUGGAUCGCGGAACGGACAGCAUCAACAAUCUGCUGAACUAUAUUUUGUUUUCGAUUGCACCGACUAUCGUGGACAUUCUGGUGGCGGUCGUGUUCUUCGUGAUGGCGUUCAACGCGUGGUUCGGGCUGAUCGUGUUCGUGACGAUGACGCUGUAUAUUGUGGCCACCAUCGCGGUUACCGAAUGGCGCACAAAGUUCCAACGUCGCAUGAACCUGGCCGACAACCACCAAAAAGCUCGCAGUGUUGAUUCGUUGCUGAAUUUCGAAACCGUCAAAUACUAUGGUGCCGAACAGUAUGAGGUGGAAUGCUACCGGGAGGCCAUCCUGAAGUAUCAGGAUGAAGAAUGGAAGUCCAGCAUUACGUUGAAUAUCCUGAACACCAUGCAGAACGUCAUUGUCUGUGGAGGUCUACUCGCCGGAUCACUACUCUGUGCCUAUCUGGUUGUGUAUGAGAAAGGACUAACCGUCGGUGAUUACGUUCUAUUCGCCAGUUAUAUCAUUCAACUGUACGUUCCAUUGAACUGGUUCGGAACAUUCUAUCGUGCCAUCCAGAAGAACUUCGUCGACAUGGAGAACAUGUUCGAUCUGAUGCGCGAGGAGCAAGAGGUGAUCGACGCUCCGGGAGCCGGCGAACUAGCAGUAAUCCGUGGUGGCGGAAUCGACUUUUCAAAUGUCACCUUCGGUUACUCGCCGGAGCGAUUUGUACUGCGAAAUGUGAACUUUACCGUACCGGCGGGCAAGACCGUAGCCAUCGUAGGACCAUCGGGUGCAGGUAAGAGUACAAUUAUGCGUCUCUUGUUCCGUUUUUACGAUGUCGAAAGCGGAAGCAUCCUGAUUGAUGGGCAAAACAUUAAAACGGUUAAGCAGGCAUCGCUGCGGAAAGCGAUCGGUGUGGUUCCCCAAGACACGGUUCUGUUCAACAACACGAUUAAGUACAAUAUCCAGUACGGUCGAGUUGACGCUCCUGAAGUAGAUGUGAUCUUGGCCGCUAAGAGCGCGGACAUCCACGAUAAAAUUCUCACUUUCCCCGACAAGUAUGAUACCGCGGUUGGUGAACGUGGUUUGAGAUUGAGCGGGGGUGAAAAACAGAGGGUUGCUAUUGCUCGCACCAUACUCAAAUCACCGUUCAUUGUGCUAUUGGACGAAGCGACCAGUGCGUUGGAUACCCAAACAGAACGAAACAUCCAAUCGGCACUAUCUAAGGUGUGUGCCAAUCGAACUACUCUGAUCAUAGCGCAUCGUUUAUCGACGAUUAUCCACUCGGAUGAAAUCCUAGUUUUGAAAGAUGGAGUUAUUGUUGAACGGGGCCGCCACGAAGUGCUGCUAGAGAAAGAGGGCGUUUACGCUGAAAUGUGGAAUCAACAGUUGAAGAACUUGGAAGCGGGAACGUCGGGUGAUGAAGAACCUGCUCAACAGAAGCAGGGUUUAAGUAACGGUAAACCAGUAACAAAUGCGGCAGUUCCUUCCCAUCAACAUCAUCACCACCACCAUUAGACUUGCUAGACAAGACUGUAGCUUUAGGGAUGUAAAAUGAUGGGUAUGGGGAGUUGGAAGAUUCAUUUCCAACAAUAUGAAUCGAGAAAGCAAGAGGAUAGGAUAGGAUUGCUGGUUGCUCAAUUGCCUAAUUUUUUAAAAGUAGUAACAGCAGUGCCUAGCCUAAGUGAUGUGAUGUACAAAGAUUUAAGAAUGAUGAUCAAAACUACCCUUACAUGUAGAGGAUACACAUUAACCAUUUGUUAACUUAUUGUGUAAUAUUUUCCUAUUGUAUCCUUCGAAUAUAUUAAGAAAAUGGACGACUUGAAUAUGGAA